AGGCCGCCGCCGCCAGUUUGAGUGUGGGCAGCGGACCCGCUGAUCGCGGCGGGCGAGUCGGUUCGGGCCGCGGGGAGGGAGAGGAGACGCCGCCCUCGCGCUGCCAAGCGCCGGGAGUGGGCGGGGCUACGGCCUGCGGGAGCCACCGGGCCCGGGCUUCCCAAACCUUAUUCACAGAUGGCAAGGCCAGGAGGGACCAUUGCCAUCGUUUCAAGAACCAUAGACUUGUAGGAGUGGAAGGGACCUCGAGAGGCCAUCAGGUCCGGUCCCCUGCACUCAGGGCAGGAAGUCAGGAUGCCGAGGAGGAAGAAGCAUGCAGAAAGCCCUGACUUUCAGGACCUGGGCGGGGAGGAGGAAGAGCCAAGGGGCCUGGUCGACGCCAAAAAGAAGCGUAGUUUUGUGGAUGCCUUUAUUGUUAUAUCUGACAGCGAUGGAGAGCAGGAGUCCAAGGAGGAGAAUGGAUUACAGAAGAAAAGAACCAAGCAGCAGCUGGAUAGAGUGAAGUUUGCUGCUAAAAGAAAAAUUGCACAGAUGACUGAAGACGAGCAGUUUGCACUGGCUCUGAAAAUGAGUGAGCAGGAAGCCAGACAAGUGAACUGCCGGGAAGAGGAAGAAGAGGAGCUUGUGAGGAAGGCCAUCGCCGAGAGCCUUAAUAGCUACCAGCCUUCAGAUUCCCCUGCUGCGACCUCUGCCCCACCUCCUGCACAGGCAACGUGCGAGCCAGUGCAGAGCCACCCGGCUGAGCGAGGAGAGGCUGAGAUCCAUGGAGCUGUGCCACCCUGCCCCGACUCCCCGCAUUCGGAGGGCAGCUCCCAUUCCUGGAGCACAAAAGCUGACGGGAAUGGACAGACAGAUGUUGCCAAGAGCCCCCUUGUGGUGCUGACGAGGUUAAGCCAGGAAAUAGUUGAAAGCUCACUACUAUCCAGCAUAAUCGUAUCUCCAGGGAAGAGCCAGCCUUUAACAAAGUCAAAUGAAAAGCCUUCCUCGCCAGCAAGAAGCCAUUCCAGGGACACGUUACCCAGCCCUUGUGGCGAGAGCCUGAUCUCCCUGAGCCCCAUCUUUGGCCGGGUUACUCCGGGCGCCUGGCAGCUGACGCCUCGGAGACUGUUUUCAGGGUCGUGCAGCACUUCAAAAGCAAUGGGUGGGGACCAAGACGAGCCACCUCUGGCCAGCACUGGAAGCUCUGCGGGAGAGCCCCCGGCGGGCAGCUCAGCAGUGCUCCGGAAGGGCAGGCCCUGGGAGCCGGGUGGCAUUCCACAGAAGAGCUGCGGAGCGGGAGGCCCUGAGUGUGCACCACAGCGUGGGCACAGGGGGCGAGGCUCUGUUUGUGCUGAGCACGUGAAACGGAACAAGGUGCCUGACAACGCACCCGAGCUUUGUACACUGAGCAUGGCUGAUGAAAAGUGCAAGCAGGAAGAUGCUAGAGACACAGUGCACUAUUACUGGGGUAUUCCAUUCUGCCCCAAAGGGGUGGACCCAAACCAGUACACCCAAGUCAUCUUGUGCCAGCUGGAAGUGUACCAGAAGAGCCUGAAGCAGGCUCAGAGGCAGCUCUUGCAGAAGAAGGAGUUUGGUGACCCAGUCGUGCCCUGCUCUUCUCCCCUGAGCCAGAAUGAGCAUGGGAAAGGGGAGCGAAUAAACAGGGCAAAUGGCGUUCCCGACGACACAGACGAUGGCAGGAAGGAGCCAGAGAGUGCUGCCUGGCUUCUCGCCACAAAGAACAGGGAGCCCGAGCAGAAUCCAGGGCAGAACUUGGAAGAGGAAAAGAACUCUGCGUCCGAGGAUGAACCAACCACCAGCUAUUGCCAGGGGCCAACCUGUGCAAGAGACCAGACACCAGCAAAGGCCUCCCAGGCGCUCUUUGCGGAGGACAUGCCUGAAGAUGGGGAACCAAUGCAGAUUACACAGAGCAUUUCUGCCUUGACCCCAUUUGGCAGUAAGAGGAGCCCAGACAUUGCCACGGAGAGCCCUGCUGAAGAAGAGAUCACUGCUUGCCCUGAGACCCAGCCAAAUCCAUCGGAAGCUAUUGAGCCAGAGAGAGAAGAGCUCCGUUCAGCCAGCAAAGAUGCACCUCUGCAGGCGGGUGGAGAUGAAGGAGCUGGGAACGCCGUCUCUGAAUGCAGCCCAUCAGCUGACGACAGUGUGUCGUGCCCGCUGUGUGAUCGAGGGUUUCCAGCCGCUGAGAUUGAGCUGCACGCUAUGUGCUGUAACGGCAGCGUGGGACAGGAUGCAAAUGAAGACGUUCCAGCGCUCGCUCAGCGACAGAGAGAAACCAGGAGCAGAGCUGGCAGAGCCGUCCCGCCCCCCACAGCCAUUGCCAAGUGUGAGAAGUGCUACCUUUGCAAGGCCCUGGUGCCGCUGGCGGCGUAUCCGAGGCACGUAGACGGCUGCCUGCAGACUGCGCGGGACGCUCAGGGAAACCGGAGGCUGCGCAGUGCCAAGGACGUCGGGAGGAGCGAAGGCAGACUCCUCAGCAUGCUGGAGAUGUCCGAGUGCAAGUCUGCAGAUGCUGAAGUGGGGCCCAUGCUGGCAGCAGGAGGAGACCCGAGGCACACCCCGGCGGGAGCUGAGCAGGAAGCUGGGUGCAGCCUGGCCCCGGAGAGCCCCCUUCCACACAUGGCUUUCAGUCACUUGCCCACUCCAGCCUUGGUGUCCGCGCCCGAAGCCGCGGGCUCCCCGGGGGGCUUCCAGCAGCAGAACAAGGGCAGCCGGAGGAGGAGGAGGAAAUUCUGAGGUGUGAGCGAUGGAAAAGGGACCUCGGGAGACCCACAGCGAAGGGGCAGCAGGGGCUAUGGCCUUGUCCAGCCAGAGCCCCGGGCAGAGCUGCUGCCCACGGCCCGGCAGUGUGGUGUGCUCGUGUGCCAGGACUGGGAGCCGUGGGCGAGAGACUUGCUGCGGGAUGCUCGCCAGCCACACACACACAUUUAUGGAUGUUUUUAUGAAAUGGCAGCGACCCGGAGGAGCAUUCUGCGUCUUUCUUUGGGGCCGGGGGGUGGAGGAGGAACAGCAGCAGGGGAUGCCCCAGCAACUAGAAAUCUUGGUGCCCAGCGCUGUCCUGGGCCUGCCCCAAAGGCCCGUGUGUCCUGCAGGGCUGCUGCCUACGCUGGCUCCUCACGGCCCCGGUGCGAGGCCAGCGGAGGAUCCCAGCAAUUGCUUUUGGGUUCUCCUGAAAGCAGGAGGGUUUUCAAAGGCAGGGGUGGGGGGUGCCAGAGCUGUAGCCCUAAGGUGCCGGGGCGAUGGGCGUUAGCUGUGCGCCCAGUUGCUUGUUACGUGAGGCUCUGGUGCCCUUUGCUCCACUCCUGCUCCAGAGCCCAGUGCACUUGCUGGAGGCCUGGCAGGCUCCGUGGGGACUGCUGGGAGCUGGGAGAGCCCCAGAGCUUCAGAAAUGCGGGUGUGUGAUGUGCAGUGGCCCAGCCCUCCCGAGUCCCAUGGCACCUGCUCCAGCUGGGCCAGGCCUCCCGCAGUGCAGCAACCUGGGCAGAGGCAGUGAGCCAGGCACCUGCUGCUCUGGGAGGAGAGCUGGGAGCUGGCCAGGACCCAGGAGUGGCUGCUGGCUGGGAAUCAGAUGUGUGCUGAGACCUCUGCUGGUUUCCUGGCACAGCGGCCAGCGGGCACAGACUGGCACAGCGGCCGGCAGGCACAGACUGGCAUGGUAG